UACCAUUCCACUCAUUAACACGUGCCUGUCCUCCAAUUAAGGUGCCAUCAACCUGUGGUGUUAAUUAUUUUUCUGCCAUUGCAUGUUUUUGAUGACUUUAUUAGGGAGUAGUCUUAAUGCCCAUCAAAACAGCACUUGUUUGGUGUAGUCUAACCAGAGCCCUGCAACUGUUCCAGAAUCAUUACGUUGAUCAUUAUGCAGGUGCUUUCUUGACCAGGCUAGGGAGAGCUAAACUAUGCUGUCAGUACAAUGGGAUGAUUCCCUUAUGAUCACCAACAAGCCAUUAAAAAAAACGACCAAUGACACUAACGGGGCUCCCGAGUGGCGCAGUGGUCUAAGUAAGGCACUGCAUCUCAGUGGUAGAGGCGUCACUACCGACAGCAUGGUUCCAUUACAGGCUGUAUCACAAUCGGCCCUGAUUGGAAGUCUCAUAAGGCAGAGCACAAUUGAUUCUGCGUCGCCCGGGUUUGGGUUUGGCCGGGGAGGCCAUCAUUUGUUCUGUGAAAUGGAAUUCCUGGAGAGAACGCAGGGUGACUCUAUAGAGUUCUACUGUAUCUCUGAGUUCAGUGCCUCCAAGCCCAUUGGGUUCUACCUGAAACGAAAGUGGCUGCAGCCCAACAGAGAGGUCCUGUUCAUAUAUACUGAACAAAACCCUGUGUUUCACCCUGACGUCAAAGAGCGCAUCCAUGUCAUGGGAGACCCGAGUACUCACCGGGUCAACGUGACCCUCAGCCAGCUGAAGGGAACAGACACAGACCUCUACUACUGUGAGUUUGUCUUCCCCGAUUCCUCCAGCUUAGAUCAAAAGAUUCCAAGCAAGAUGGAGUUCUUUCUGUACGUUGUCGAUGCUGAAGAUGCCCCAGACAGCAAGAUGGAUGUAGGCCUAAUAGAGACGUGCGCCGGGGGGUCAGCUGUUCUCCCCUGCCUCGCCCCCUACGGUUCCCCCUCGGCCAUGGAAGGGGUAUGCCUGAAGAGGCGGUGGGGCCGGGCUCCAGUGGAGGUGCUGUUCCACUCAAAGCGCCCCUUUUCCUCCGCCUCGUUCCCCCCAGAAGAAAGGCUUCACCUGGGCACGGGGCUGGGCGGCCUGGCCUACAACCUCACCCUGCUAAAGAUGCAGCCGGAAGAGAGCGCCUUUUACAGCUGUGAGCUGCUGCUCCCCGGCAGGCCCGACAACAGUGCCAGGCUAGGGAGACACGUAUACUUUGUAUCUGUGCAAGAUGUUAGGUGUAGCUGUGCGGGUUACGCUCCACUGCUCUAUGCCCUUUCUGCUACUGUGGGACUGCUACUCAUCUUCGUUAUGGCCCUGGGAGUGGCUCAUUAUGGUAAGACCCGAGGCGACCGUGUCAAACCGCAGCCCCACCAGGUCUCCAUCUACGAGGAGAUGGUUGGGGUGCGGCCCCCCAACCGGAAUGGAAAAGUGUCCCCCUCUAACCACCCGAGGUCCCCCUUUCACCUGGAGGAAAAGGAUGCUUCCGCCUAUGCCACCCCCCCCCUGAGGUCUCGACAGGAAAACCACUAUGAGAGGCCUGAAGGGGUACCGCUAGUAUCUGAAACUGUUGGGGAGAUGUGAGGAACGAGGUUGGCCCAAUCUCACCAACACUGUGUUUAACUAUUCAUUUAGAAACUGGAGUCUGAACUAUAACUACAACUUACUCACACAACUUUCAAUUUGGACAACCAACAUCCACCUAACUUAGUUUGUUGUACUGUAAAUGCUGUUGUGGAGUUUUAAUCAAGGAUUUUUUGAAUUUUAUGUAAAUGCUGGCAGCUGAAUGUUGUAGCUUUUGCUUUUUUAAAGGAAUGGUAUUCCAUUUUUUUUUUUAAAUAAAGAAAUACUUGUCUUGA